AAAAGCACCGGGGAUUCGCCUUCAUCGAGUUUGAGCUGGCAGAGGAUGCAGCAGCAGCUAUUGACAACAUGAACGAGUCUGAGCUCUUUGGCAGAACAAUUCGUGUGAACUUGGCCAAACCAAUGCGAAUUAAAGAAGGAUCAUCCAGGCCUGUCUGGUCGGAUGACGACUGGCUGAAGAAGUUUUCGGGGAAGACUCUGGAGGAGAACACAGAGGAGGCAGGAGCAGAGGCCCCCAAACCAGAGGUGCAGGAGGGUGAGCCUCCUGCCAAGAAAUCCCGGGUCAACCCUCAAGUUUACAUGGACAUCAAGAUCGGAAACAAACCUGCGGGGCGGCUGCAGAUCCUCCUGCGCUCAGAUGUGGUGCCCAUGACCGUAGAGAAUUUCCGCUGCCUCUGCACCCACGAGAAAGGCUUCGGCUUCAAGGGGAGCAGCUUCCACCGCAUCAUCCCCCAGUUCAUGUGCCAGGCCGGCGACUUCACCAACCACAACGGCACUGGAGGCAAAUCCAUCUACGGGAAGAAGUUUGAUGAUGAAAACUUCAUUCUCAAACACACGGGGCCAGGGCUGUUAUCGAUGGCCAACUCCGGCCCAAACACCAACGGCUCCCAGUUCUUCAUCACUUGUGAUAAAACAGACUGGCUGGACGGGAAGCACGUGGUGUUCGGGGAGGUGACGGAGGGCAUGGACGUGGUGCGGCAGAUCGAGGCUCAGGGCACCAAAGACGGGAAACCGAAGCAGAAGGUGAUUAUCUCGGACUGCGGCGAGUGCUCGUGAGCUCAGAACU